AACUACCAGCACUCCCCUUUACCAUCCAAACACAUGUUCAUUUGAAGCCACUGUUUGUGUGCGAUGUUUUAGACUUUCAAAUUCAUGUACUUUCUAUAUCUCUUACUUCAAUUCCUUCUUACCAUUUUUCCUCAAUUUAUUUUAAUUCGUAAUUUUGAUUGCUUAAACCAUGGAAAUGAACGAUGUCGAAGAAGAGGAACUUGGAUUCUCGAGGAAUUACUUUCUAGCAAAAGAGUUGGGCAGUACGAAUAAGAAAUCAGCCAGCAAGAUUUCUGACAUUGAUCUUGUGGAUGAACAGGAGCUAAGAGCAGCUGCAGCUAAUAUUGAACCAAAACAUGAGAAAGAGAUAAUUGCUCUUAUGAAUAGUUAUAAGAAGCUUUAUCCCAGAUGGGUUUUUGAGCUUAGGUGUGGUUUUGGCCUUCUAAUGUAUGGAUUUGGAUCUAAGAAGGCCUUAAUUGAAGAUUUUGCUUCUACAGCAUUAACAAAGUAUCCUGUAAUGGUAGUCAAUGGCUAUCUUCAGUCAAUUAAUCUAAAACAGGUUAUAAUUGCUUUAGCUGAACUUUGGUCGGAUCAAUUGAAAACCAAGCGAAGGACUUCAUCAAGCAUUUUACCUAAAGUUCUACAGCCAUUUAGUUCUCGGUCCAUGGAUGAUCUUCUUGCUUUCUUGGAUGCAUCACAUGUGGAGGGAAAUGAUUCUUUUGUAUGUGUUGUCAUUCAUAACAUUGAUGGGCCUGGAUUAAGAGACUCUGAAAACCAACAUUAUCUUGCACGAAUUGCUUCUUGUUCGCAUAUCCGUAUCAUUGCCUCUAUUGACCAUGUCAAUGCACCCCUAUUGUGGGACAAGAAGAUGGUUCACACACAGUUUAAUUGGUAUUGGUAUCAUGUUCCCACAUUCGCACCAUAUAAGGUUGAAGGAAUCUUCUUUCCGCUGAUUCUUGCACACAGCAGCACAGCCCAAAGUGCCAAAACAGCUGCAAUAGUUUUACAGAGUUUGACUCCCAAUGCUCAGAGUGUGUUCAAAAUUCUUGCAGAAUAUCAACUGUCUCAUCUUGAAGAAGAAGGCAUGCCUAUCGAUAAUCUAUAUGCAGUCUCUCGGGAGCAUUUCCUUGUGAGCAGCCAGGUUACACUGAACUCCCAUUUGACAGAAUUCAAAGAUCAUGAGUUGGUCAAGACUAGAAGGCGCAACGAUGGCCAAGAUUGCUUGUACAUCCCUCUUACAGCUGAUGCACUUGAAAAGCUACUUUCUGAAAUUAGUCAAUAAUGUACUGUCAUUUAUACACAUGGCCGUUACUUUUAGCUUGAAAUAUCUUAAUUCACUCGUGUUCCUAGUGCACGAACUAAGUUCGUGAUUUUGCUUGGCUGAACUCUGAAUUUGGGCCUGCUAGCAGAUUCUUCCACAUUGCACUCGGUUUGGCAAGGUAAUGCCAGUUUAGACAGAGGUGAUGGGGAGUGGAGAAGGAAAUUAAUUUAUAAUGCCUCUUGGAUAGCCAGACUUA